GUGAGGAUUAAAUAAUUAGAAAGAAUCAUUAGCCCAUUGCUUCAGAAACUUAGAAAUAUAAUUAUGUCUCUCUCCUUUCUAAUCUAUAAAUAGAGUUUAAUUUUCUAGCAAAUUCUUCACCUUUUUCUCUGUUAGUUCUUCCUCAUUGACUUUCUGAUCAGGUUUCCAAUCAUCUGCAAUGGAGCAUUUCAAUGGACUGAUUUCAGUUAUAUUAUUGUCAUUCGUCGCGAUGAAAUGUGUUCAUGGACAAUGGUCUGAUGCUCAUGCAACCUUCUACGGAGAAGCUGAUGCUUCUGGUACAAUGGGAGGAGCUUGCGGAUAUGGAAAUCUUUAUAGCCAGGGUUAUGGUACGAACACAGCUGCCCUGAGUACUGCGCUGUUCAACACUGGCCUCACUUGUGGAGCUUGCUUUGAGAUCAAAUGUGUGAAUGUCAAGUGGUGUCUCCCUGGAUCCAUCACUGUGACUGCAACAAACUUUUGCCCUCCAAACAGCGCUCUCCCGAACAAUGCUGGAGGAUGGUGUAAUCCUCCGUUGAAGCACUUUGAUCUUGCACAGCCGAUAUUCUUGCACAUGGCUCAGUACAAAGCUGGAAUAGUCCCUGUCCAAUACAGAAGGGUUGCUUGCAGAAAGAGCGGAGGGAUCAGAUUCACUAUUAACGGACACUCGUACUUCAACCUGAUACUAGUGACCAAUGUCGGUGGGGCUGGUGAUGUGGUGUCUGUCGCCAUCAAAGGCUCCAGAACUCGAUGGCAACGAUUGUCACGCAAUUGGGGCCAGAACUGGCAGAGCAAUGCUUUCCUCGAUGGCCAGGCUCUCUCUUUCAAGGUCCGGACGAGCGAUGGACGCGCCGUUGUUUCCAAGAACGUGGCUCCUUCUAACUGGGGCUUUGGCCAGACUUACACUGGCAAACAGUUCUGAGUCCUCUAAACUCAUUCUGGAAUACCUGCAGACCACCUGUAAUGGAAGUUUUACUUCACUAGUUUAUACGCUAAUUGCAUAUGAUUUAUAGAAAUACUUAAUAGUUUGUCGACGUGAGAAUCAUAUCGAUCAAGGGCACUUUUUAGAACGGCCCUGAUCGAAUGAUUUAAUUUUUAUUACCUACGGUGUGCUGAUUGUUAGCAGCCCCAUUUCGCACACUCCGAUCAGAGGGGACCGUGUGUUACGUUUUGCACUUGCUUACUGUCAUUGAGUAGCAAAUUUGAUGUUCCUGGUCAUGUAGUUGAAUUUAUAAACUAUGCAACUAUAUAUCUCUGCUCUAGA